UGCCAUUGGAUUUUACUCUACACUGAUUAAAACUUCGUAACCCGGGCUUUCUCCACCCAGUGCAUUAAAUCAGUCAGCCCCAAAGGGUCUUGGUAGCCCAGUGUUUGUAACAUCCUUCUGUACCUGCUAAUCGACCUCACUUCCUGGAUUUCAGUCCGUCUAGUUAUCAGCUAACAAAAGAACAGCUUUUGGUUCCUGCAGACGCUGGUGAAAAAAUAAUCACGAGAAAGAAAUCCACCUUAUGUCGUCUUUUUCUGACUGCAAAAAUAAACUCAGCCAUCAUACAGCUAACAGGUACAGAAGGAAGAUACAAGCUCGUUCAUAGGAAGAAACCACAGAGAAAAUGAGCAUCAUUUCUCAAGGUUUUUAUUUUCCCUGAUCUACAAGUGAUGCUGCUGUAAUUCUAGCUGCAGUUUUUACCGAUCAUUCACCACUCAGCAGCUGGUAGAGAAGUAGACUGCUUGGCAACCACCUGCAGGGCUGCAGAGAUGAAUUACAUUUUCGGAAACAACACACUGCUGUACUCUCGCGCCAGUCGAGGAGGCAAUACUAGCUCUAGCCAUGGCUCAGUAGGCCCUAAGCAGAAACACUGGGCAAAAAAGGGCUCGUCAGAUGAACUGCAAGCUGAGCCAGAACCUUCACGCUGGCAGCAGAUAGUUGCAUUUUUCACUCGAAGACACAGCUUUAUUGACUGCAUCUCGGUAGCCACCAGCUCCACCCAGCCCACAGAAGCUGUUCCUCCCUCUCCCACUGUCCCCGUGACCCCUGCCCUGCCAGGCCCUGCUGAGAGUACUGUCGUCCUGCCCUCCACACCACAGGCAAAUCCUCCUCCAGUGUUGGUCAACACAGACAGCGUGGAGACACCAACUUAUGUUAAUGGCACUGAUGCAGAUUAUGAAUACGAGGGAAUCACACUGGAAAGGGGAAAUUCAGGGCUUGGUUUCAGCAUUGCAGGAGGUACAGACAACCCCCACAUUGGAGAUGACUCAAGUAUUUUCAUCACCAAAAUUAUCACAGGAGGAGCAGCUGCCCAGGAUGGAAGAUUGCGGGUAAAUGACUGUAUACUGAGAGUAAAUGAAGCUGAUGUUCGUGAUGUAACCCACAGCAAAGCAGUUGAGGCAUUGAAAGAAGCUGGAUCUGUUGUGCGAUUGUAUGUGAAAAGGCGGAAGCCAGCAUCAGAGAAAAUAAUGGAAAUAAAACUCAUUAAAGGUCCUAAAGGUCUUGGGUUCAGCAUUGCUGGAGGUGUUGGAAAUCAGCAUAUUCCUGGUGAUAACAGCAUCUAUGUAACCAAAAUAAUUGAAGGAGGUGCAGCACACAAAGAUGGAAAGCUUCAGAUUGGAGAUAAGCUUCUAGCAGUGAACAGUGUAUGUUUAGAAGAAGUUACUCAUGAAGAAGCAGUAACUGCCUUAAAGAACACAUCUGAUUUUGUUUAUUUGAAAGUCGCAAAACCAACAAGUAUGUAUAUAAAUGAUGGCUAUGCACCACCUGACAUCACGAACUCUUCUUCUCAGUCUGUUGAUAACCAUGUUAGCCCAUCUUCCUACCUGGGCCAGACGCCAGCGUCACCAGCCAGAUACUCACCCAUUUCUAAAGCAGUGCUUGGAGAUGAUGAGAUCACGAGGGAACCUAGAAAAGUUGUUCUUCAUCGAGGCUCAACGGGACUUGGCUUCAACAUUGUGGGAGGUGAAGACGGAGAAGGGAUCUUUAUCUCCUUCAUCCUGGCUGGAGGACCCGCUGAUCUAAGUGGAGAGCUCAGAAAAGGAGAUCGCAUUAUAUCGGUAAAUAGUGUUGACCUCAGAGCUGCAAGUCAUGAACAAGCUGCAGCCGCAUUAAAAAAUGCAGGCCAAGCUGUCACGAUCGUCGCACAGUAUCGGCCUGAAGAAUACAGUCGUUUUGAAGCUAAAAUACAUGACUUACGGGAGCAGAUGAUGAACAGUAGCAUUAGUUCUGGGUCUGGUUCUCUUCGAACUAGCCAGAAGCGAUCCCUCUAUGUCAGAGCCCUUUUUGAUUAUGACAAGACUAAAGAUAGUGGCCUUCCUAGUCAAGGAUUGAACUUCAAAUUCGGAGAUAUUCUCCAUGUUAUCAAUGCUUCUGAUGAUGAAUGGUGGCAAGCCAGGCAAGUCACACCAGAUGGGGAAAGUGAUGACAUUGGCGUAAUUCCUAGUAAACGCAGAGUUGAGAAGAAAGAACGAGCCCGAUUAAAAACGGUCAAAUUCAAUUCUAAAACGAGAGGCGAUAAAGCGCAGUCAUUCAAUGACAAGCGUAAAAAGAACCUCUUUUCCCGAAAAUUUCCCUUCUACAAGAACAAGGACCAGAGUGAGCAGGAAACAAGUGAUGCUGACCAGCAUGUAACUUCCAAUGCCAGCGACAGUGAAAGUAGUUACCUAAUCUUGAUUACAGAUGAGUAUGGCUGCUCAAAAGGUGGUCAAGAAGAAUAUGUUUUAUCGUAUGAACCAGUGAAUCAACAAGAAGUUAAUUAUACCCGACCAGUCAUCAUAUUGGGCCCCAUGAAAGACAGAGUAAAUGAUGACUUAAUCUCAGAAUUUCCUGAUAAAUUUGGAUCCUGUGUCCCUCAUACAACUAGACCGAAACGUGACUAUGAAGUGGAUGGACGAGAUUAUCACUUUGUGACUUCAAGAGAGCAGAUGGAAAAGGAUAUCCAGGAACAUAAGUUCAUUGAAGCCGGCCAGUAUAACAGCCACCUGUACGGAACGAGCGUCCAGUCUGUGCGAGCAGUGGCAGAGAAGGGCAAACAUUGUAUCCUUGAUGUGUCUGGAAAUGCCAUAAAGAGGUUGCAGAUUGCACAACUUUACCCAAUAUCUAUUUUUAUUAAACCCAAAUCCAUGGAAAAUAUCAUGGAAAUGAAUAAGCGCCUAACAGAAGAACAAGCCAGAAAAACAUUUGAGAGAGCCAUGAAACUGGAACAGGAAUUCACUGAACACUUCACAGCUAUCGUACAGGGAGACACGCUGGAGGACAUUUACGACCAAGUGAAGCAGCUCAUAGAGCAACAGUCUGCUCCUUACAUUUGGGUUCCUGCAAAAGAAAAACUAUGAAGACUGAUGUUUCUCUGUUUCUUUUUUCCAUGGUCUCAUUUCUCUGCCCUGUCCUGGAGUCCGGCUUCAGUGCUCCUUUCACACUGACUCAGAUCCCUCAUCGUGCUCGGCACCUGUUCCCGUCUUGGACACCUAGUGUCUCCCUCACAUUGCAUCAUUUGUACUGUUCUAUGUUACUCUUGGUUUCUGGCCACUUUUCAGAACUGAAGAAGAAUGGCCUGACCAGCUAUCAGAGGUUUGGGGAGAUGCAAAAUUGUACAAGUCCUUAAUGUUUAAGGGAAAGUUAACUUAAAGAGAUUUUCAGAAAAGCUUUAUAUACAUUCUUUUCCAAUUUCAGUACAAAUGAAAGAAAAGUGAUUUUAAUCAGUGAUUCAGUGGACCUUGAGCAACUGUGCACGCUUAGCUUAACAAAAGCAUGGUUUGGCUGGUGUAUUAGCUCUCAAGUUCCUUCCUCACUUGACUUAUGGAAUUAAAGUCAUUUCAUUAAAGACAAAUAAGAAAAAUAAGGGUUUUAUUUCAAAAUUAGUGUGAGUUAACUCGUAAUUUCAGGAGGGCUAUUUAUUCAUGAGAGGUCUUUAUUGUGCAAGCCCUCCCCUAGUACACUUGCCAGGAAUACUGUUGGCCUGUUUUUAAUUGGCUUAUGUAGCACUGUUGAUAGUGCCUCUCAAGCACUGUCCGUAUACGUUUGAUGCGGCUCUGCCGAGGUGCUGGGGGGCUCGCCUUUACACAAAAGGUGAGGAAGCUUCGCAGACAGAGCUGCCACACAGAAGUGUUUCAGCACAGAGGUAGCAGGCACGGCAGUGGGAAGGAGCCCAGUUCAUAGCCUGAGAUUUUAAUGUAUGCUUAGGGCGGGGUCAGAUUUUAAUGACUAUUUUACCCACAAUAACUGCCUAUUUUGUUAUAAUAAAAUAUAUAUAAAUAUAUAUAAAACUUUCUUUAACUAAGCUCUGUAACUAUGGGAAUUAUUUUCUUUACAUAGUUGCACACACACACACAUAUAUAUAUAUAUUUAAAAUAUAUUUUUCUUUUGCCACCUACUUCUAACUUUUUGUUUGGUUUUUAAAUUAAAUAUUAAUUGAUGAGACUUACCUUAAUCAUGUGAACUGAAAGCAAGUGUAUGGUGGUGGCGAGGAGGAGAAGCCUUGAGGGAAACUAGAUUGCAAGUAGAUGUCUGAGCUUGUUCUCCUCUUUCCUACAGCAGUUCCAGAAGGUUCCUAGGUUUUCUGUCAGUGUUGUGUUUUUGUCAUGGAGUUUGAUUUUGGUCCUCUGCCUUCCCUUUUAGUUCUCCUCAUUUCAUUAAUAGGAAAACAGGCUGCAUUUCUGAGACUCCCCCGGACACUUCGUCUUAGCUGCACCGUGCUAGAACCACACAGGUCUUUACAGUAGACUACUGAAGCAGUUCUAGUGAAA